GUCUGAGCUGGGGGAGUUUGCCGUGAGGCUGCAAAUAAAGCAGAUGUGUUUGUGAAUUUCAGUAGUGUCUAGACUUUCUUUUACUAAAGUUGAUGAUACAGCAUUUAACCUGAGCUGUUUUCUUUAUUUUGCAUUUUGUUCCUCUUCAUCCUUUAUUUUAAGUGCUCGCAUAUGGGAAUGAAAUGGAGAAAUUAAGGAAAUAUAUGUCAGCAAGAGAUGAGGAUCAGUUUUAUCAUCAGGGAGCUGUGGAAUUACUGGUCUUUAACUUUUUGCUCAUUCUUACAAUAUUAACAAUUUGGUUAUUUAAAAAUCAUCGAUUCCGCUUUUUGCAUGAAACUGGAGGAGCCAUGGUUUAUGGUCUCCUAAUGGGAUUAAUUAUACGAUAUGCAACAACACCAACAGACUUUGAAAGUGGAACUGUCUUUCCUUGUGAGAAGCUGAAGUUUGGCCCACCCACCCUACUUGUUAAUAUAACAAACCAAGUAUAUGAAUAUCAGUACAAAAGAGAAAUCAGCCAACACAACAUUAAUGCUCACCAAGGCAAUGCAAUGCUUCAAAAGAUGACAUUUGAUCCUUCAAUCUUCUUCAAUGUUUUACUGCCACCCAUUAUAUUUCAUGCUGGAUAUAGUUUAAAGAAGAGACAUUUUUUUCGUAAUUUAGGAUCAAUUUUAACAUAUGCCUUUUUGGGAACUGCCAUCUCUUGCAUUGUUAUAGGGUUGAUAAUGUAUGGCUUUGUGAAGGCCAUGCUACAUGUUGGCCAGUUAAAAGGAGGGGAUUUUCACUUCACGGACUGUUUAUUUUUUGGCUCGUUGAUGUCUGCUACAGACCCAGUGACAGUUCUGGCUAUUUUCCACGAGCUGCAUGUGGAUACAGAUCUGUAUACCCUCCUUUUUGGAGAGAGUGUCCUAAAUGAUGCUGUGGCUAUAGUUCUCACAUAUUCGAUUUCUGUUUACAGUCCCAAGGAGAAUCCUAACACAUUUGAUGCUGCUGCUUUCUUCCAGUCUGUGGGAAAUUUCCUGGGGAUCUUUGCUGGAUCGUUUGCAAUGGGGUCCUCAUACGCUGUUGUCACCGCUUUAUUGACAAAAUUUACAAAGCUGUGUGAGUUCCCCAUGUUGGAAACAGGCCUGUUCUUCCUCCUGUCUUGGAGUGCCUUCCUGUCAGCAGAAGCUGCUGGUCUUACAGGAAUUGUUGCAGUCCUUUUUUGUGGAGUCACACAGGCCCAUUAUACCUACAACAAUCUGUCAUCAGAUUCCAAAAUGAGAACUAAACAGUUGUUCGAGUUCAUGAAUUUCUUGGCCGAGAAUGUCAUCUUCUGUUACAUGGGGCUUGCACUAUUCACAUUCCAAAAUCAUAUAUUUAAUGCUCUCUUUAUAUUUGGGGCAUUUGUGGCAGUUUUCAUAGCAAGAGCAUGUAACAUAUACCCACUUUCUUUCAUUCUGAAUUUGGGCCGAAAACAAAAGAUUCCCAGGAACUUUCAACACAUGAUGAUGUUUUCAGGUUUACGUGGUGCAAUAGCGUUUGCACUGGCUAUUCGGGACACAGAAUCUCAACCCAAACAAAUGAUGUUUACCACAACACUGCUUAUUGUGUUUUUCACAGUCUGGGUAUUUGGUGGGGGCACCACGCCGAUGCUCACAUGGCUUCAGAUCAGAGUUGGCAUAGAUCCAGAUGAAGAUCUGAAAGCAGAAACUGCAAGCCAGAAAGCAACUACUGCGGAUAAGAACACAACCAAGGCUGAGAGUGCGUGGCUGUUCAGAAUAUGGUAUGGGUUUGAUCAUAAAUAUCUGAAACCCAUUUUAACCCAUGCUGGUCCACCGCUUACAACAACAUUACCCGAAUGGUGUAAUCCUAUUGCCAGACUGCUAACUAGCCCUAGAGCAUAUGGAGAGCAGCUGAAGGAUGAUGACAUGGACUGUAUCGUGAAUAAUGAUGAACUGACUAUAAAUUAUGAAGACCCCAAUCCUGUUCCAGUGCCGGCACAGGCCAGAAUAGACUCACCCCAGACUCCAGGCAAGGAAAACAUUCAUGAAGGAGACCUUGUAUUAGGAGGAUGUGAACUCCAGUUGGAGCACACUCCAGCACAAACCCAGUUGAAUUCAUUAGCAUGAGCAGUGCAAAUGUAAUCAUAAGAAAUGCACAGAACAUGAAGGAAUAAAAGCCACACGUAUGAGGGAGUGUUGGUAAGAAGCUAGAAAAUGUAUUAAAAGCAGAAAUUGAAGAGAAUCAAAACCUUGUCAAAUGUAUCUUCUGGUGCCUGAAGAAAUGAGGAUCAUCAUCAUCCAUAUAUGCUAUACAACUAAAUUUAAUGUUUUGACAGUGGCAAUUUUUAUUAAUGAAAUUGAAGGCACUGUCUGCUAAAGGCAUAUUACAGAUGCACUCACAGCGUCAAUUGUACUUCGCACACACAUAAACACACAGACUUCUGAAUGUUGUUCUCUUUGUUAAUUAAUUCAGGUGAGGAGGAGAGAUAUUUGAUUAACACGAUCAUGCUCAGAUGAUCAUAGAACUUUGUAAUAAGUUGCUCCUGGGCAGACAUAUCACCCAUGGGACAGGAGGAAAUUUCUUUUGUACAAAUGCAAACUUUGGGCAGCUACUUUCUCUUUACAAAUGUUUAAGACUCCCACUUAAUGCUUCUAGCAUUUGGCAUUUUCUAGAGUCAGUCCAAUGAAUGCUUCAGCAAAAAUAAGUUUCACACCCUUGGCUGCAGAGGGUUAAUUCAGAACACAAAAACUGGGCAUUGCUAUAUUAGCUGUUCAAGCUAAAUAAAUCAAUAAUGGAACUUUUUAUUAUUAUUUUGAUUGAUCAUGAUCACUAUGGCAUACAGCAAUUACACUUAUCCCACAAUGCAUUUGUUGCUAGAGCUUGGCAGUAGGUUUUUAUACACAGCUUGCGUGAUGGGAACAAUUUAUGUUUUUUGUUGUGGUAAAAACAUUCAAAGUUUGUAUUUUGAUUUUAGCUUCUUGGGGGCUGGGUGGUGGUGGUGGGGUGUGGGUGUGGGUGUGUAUAUAAUAUAUUAUAUAUAUACACACACACACACACAAAGUCCUGCAAAAGAGUUUACUUUUUAAGAUAAGAUUUAAGAUGUGCAUGAUCACACAUUUACAUUUGGCACUUAGAUAUUACAGUGAAAAGUAAGAUGGUAAAACCUAGAUAGACAAAUGAGAGAAAGAUUUAGGUAUGGAAAUACCAGCUGUGUCUGCAUAAAUUCAGCAUAUGAAUUCACACAUGGUCAGUCAUGCACCUAACGGAUCAUGAUGUACCUGGCCGUAUCAGGCAUUUGCACAUAUAAAUUGGGUAUUGCGAAUGCAUGCGCACAGGGGCAUGUCUCUAACAUUUAAAGUCUGGCUUUGUAUCUUCUCAGCACAGGAGUUUCAGCUCAGAUGCAGCAUAGGUUGCUUAUCACAUUGCUUGAAAGUGUUCCUACCAUGAAAGCUGAACCACGAGUUUCGAACAAGGUCAUUCUUAACCAAAAAGUAACAGAGGGUCCUGUGGCACCUUUAAGACUAACAGAAGUACUGGGAGCAUAAGUUUUCGUGGGUAAGAACCUCACUUCUUCAGAUGCAAGACAUUUCUAAGCCAUGGGGGAGGGUGUGUGUGGAAUCAAGUCAUCCCAAUGAAACCAUGAAUGAUCAUAAAGCUGAAUGGGUUUUGAUUCCAUCACAGAUGGAAACUGAAACACAGACUUAAAUAUAAUCCAGUUUUAGUCAUUCUUUUCCAGGCUAAUUAAUUGCUGGUUGGAUUUAAAACUAGACCAGCUGCUCUAAGCAUAAAUUUAACACAGGAGUGCUAUGCGCUUUUCGGAAAUAUCAGAAGCUUAAAUUGGCUUUCCCCUCCCCCAAAAAACAUUAAUCAAGGGGCUUCAAAGGAUGUUAGUCCCCAUGUGGGGGUGGGGACUAUUCUAUAUUAGGUCGUCCCGAGGAAAAGUGGUGGGUUUGCAACUCCCCGACUUGACAAAUCUAGCUGAGGGAGAGUGGAGGAAGCUGUGUACCCUGGAUGCAUGAAGGAAUAGAGAAGAAAGAAGAAAUGAGGAAUAUGGUGUUAUGCCCUGAGUGGCCCAAAGGAGGAUGGAGUUGUGCACUGUGGGGCACCAGGUGGGCAGGGCUGACAGUACAAGGAGAGAUGAGCACCUAGAGGCACAUAGAGGAGAGCUGAACAUUUAGUGACAUAUAGUGGGUUAUUAUACAUAUGAUAGUGGGUAUUGUAGUGCAGUCAUGAGUCCAGUAGCUAGGGCUACUGCCUUCAACCUUUACAAGUACUGUGUAAGUGUCCCCAUGCUCCUUGUAUUCCUUGGAAAAGAAUAAUUCCAGAUAGGUUUGGAGAUGAUUAGAUGUAUGGUGGAAAUAACUAAGUCCUUGCAAUAUUAAUAGGCAGGUGUUAAGCUUUUUUCCUCCUCCCCAAGAGCUGGAAGUGACUCAAACUCUCUUUGCCAAAUGUUCUGUUCUGAAAUACACCCCCCUACUGGAGCAUCCUCUGCGUUUCUUCCCCAUUUUAUUUAUUGUGGCUGUGUCCAUGUUUCAUUAAGUGGGAUACAUUAAGAGCCCUAGGCUGAUGUCCUCUGCUGAACCAUAGACUAGUACAGUAGCAAAAGAUCUUCCACACCAUCAUGCCAAUAUUCCUUAAGACUUACUUUGGAAGGCUAACUGCUUUUUUAGGGUGAAAAGUAGUUCAAUCUUCAUGGCCAUUCAGUCCUUGCUCUUCGUGCUGAGAUUGUCAACAAAGGAACAUCCGUGUUUUGUGGGGUGGACACCUAUCCACUGAGACUGACUGAGAGCACCAAAUUAGAUUCUUUUAGCUUUACAGAGUUGGGCUACCAGAAAUCUCUAGUAGUGGUAAAAGGGUCUAUAACCUAUUGCUAUCCACUGCAUUAUUAAAUCCUUCUUGUUUCCUAAUUUUAAAGUAUGCUUUGUACUGGUGGAAUACUGAUACAUAGCAUGAUGAUAUGUACUGUAUUCAGCCAUAAGGGAUACUGGGAACUAGUGUCUAGUAAUUCUACAUGAAAAUUUAAACAGUGAUGUGAGAGAGGGCCUCUAUGGUAUAAUUCAAUUCGUACUUUGAACAUUUAAACUACUUAGUUUAAUACAGUGCUUGACUGAACAUGUGAUUCACUACCAUGAUAAAUAUGGAGUUAUUUUUCCUGUUUGACCUAAUCUAAUAAAACAUUGCUUGGAAAAUGACACAUAAAAUACCUAGUCACAAUGUAGUGACUGCAUACUCAAUAUUAAGGUCAAUAUGCUAGAGAAGAUGUGGUCUGGAAUUCUGCUAUGUUACUAAACCCUUAUUUUAUUUCCAGUAGCAAUAACUGGGAUUCCAUAUUAAACUGCAGCGCAUGUUUAGAUAGGUUUUAGAAGUAUCAUGAAUGGAUCCUGGAUGUGAAGGAGAGCCCAGUUCAAAAAGAAACUGCACUAAAAGUUAUCAGGUUCCCGUGAUAACAUUCACUGAGAAGUGCAACAUCUGGUAACCUAGGGCAAGCUGUUAUGAACAAACAUUCUCAUUGUUCUGCAUAACAAACUUAGACUUUUCCAUAAUAGCUACUUCAGACCUUAGUCCAGCAAAGCACUUAACCGAGUGCGUAAAUGUAAGCCAACUGAAGCCAAUAGGCUACUCACACCCUGAGUAUAUGCUGUGUUAGACUGAUGCCUUAGUGCAUUUCUUUUCUUUUUGAAAGUUAAUGGACAGCAGCUGUCACUGAGUCUUCAGCGUACACACAAUCCUGAUUUGUAUACACAUCAGGGGUGCACAAGCAUCACAGUGUGCACAUGCACAGGUUAGGUGCACACACGUGCACUUUUGAAAUGCUAUCCCUAUGUUUUCAUAAAUCCCAAUAAUGCCUGGGAUAGAAAAAUUAAUUUGCCACUUGAGAACUGAACAUUAGUAGAAACUAACAUUCUGCGUCACCAAAAAGUGCUGCUUCUAAACAGAAAGCCUUUUUUCCUCUGUUUCCUAUUAGCAAAAUGAAAAACAGUCUUACAAUGAACCACUUCAGUGAGUUUUAAAUAACUAAAAUAACACAAGCUCAUCUCUACCAGUAUAAUCCCAACAGACAUGAAUCCCAGCUAGUCAGCUGUGAAGGGCUUGUCAACAUUUUUAUUUUAUAAAUAAUUCUUUCAGAACCAGAGAAUUCUCUGUUUGGAAACAGGAAUCAACCAGCGAGUUGAGUUAACCCCUUGUUUUGUUCCUAAAAGUGAACCUUUUCAACCAAUGAAAUCCCCUCACAAAGUUAGCUCACAUUGAGUUGAUCUAGAGCUUUUGUUAGCUUCCUUGGCAGUUUUUGUCCUUCAAGGGGAUUAGCUGAAAUACCUGAAUAUGUUUUGUUUGAAAACUUUUUCUUCUAAUUUUGUCCCUUUUUGGUAUAUUUAAAUCAAUUUACAACAGAAACAUGAUCAAAUACAUGAGUGCCAGUUUAUGUACAAAAUGAAAGCAAACUAAGACUGCCAAGAUAAUACUGGUUUUUUUCUGCUUCAUUCCCCCCUUUCAAGGGAUUAAGAGGUAGGACAGCCUGGUUCGAUACUGAAUGUCAGAAGAGCAAAUAUUCCCUCACCAGUCUGGCAAAGCAGAUCCAGCCAGCAGGCUCAAAAUAGUUCAUCAGAUUAAAUGUGGUAGAAAAACAGAUUCUUCAUGAAAGUAAGGAGAAGCAAUACAAAAGCGACGUGGAACCAGUCAGUGGUCCAGGUUGUUGCUUCCAAUAAUGAAAAGCAUCAACACCAAGAUGUUUCUAUGAGGAAAUGUUUGCCCCAUGGUAAAGACUACCCGUACCCACCAUCCACACACACACUUUGGCUCUGGCCCUUGGUGGCCUCCCUGCCAGCAAGGCCUCAUUGAAGCUGCAUUGCUGGAACCUUCCCCCAGCAGCCAUGGCAGCCCCAGACCCUCUUUGAAGAUCCACAAAUAAAUUGAUACAGUCUAGGGCUGUAUUAAUUAUUCCAACUAAUUUCCCGGGGAUUCGGGAGAAGGUAAUGAGCAUCCCAACCCAGUUCUUAUCCCCUGAACUACUCUGACUCCAUCUUCUCCCUCCAGUGUGGAUUCUGGAUGCUGACAGCCCUGCACAUGCUCCAUGGAGUGGAAAUGAUGCUGUUUACGAAUCAAGUCUUCUUGCCAAUAAAGGCAAUCCUUAGUAUCAUCAGAGUGGUGGCAAGAUUCACUCACCUAGCCAGUAAGUGAAGAAAGCAGGUCUUAGGUACAGACGAGACCACCAUCAUUUCAGGCCCUAGAUGGCUUCAAAUCUGGGCAAGAUAGAUUAGUUUCACCCUCCUUGUGGACCUUAUGAGGUUUGAAAUUCUGAUGCUAGAAACCAUAGGGAAUAAAUGAAUGUAUAUUGGAGCCACUGUUCUACAUCGUUCUUAUUGUUUAACUGUCUGUUUCUAUGUAUGUUACUAUGAAGGCUGAUGGACAUAAAUAAAAUACUACUGCUACUUUA